AUGCUCUUGGGCAUUAAAGAUUGGCUGGGGUUCCGGCAGACCCGCUGGCUUUGGCUUUUAGCGUCAACAUUUGUUUACUUCGUGGCCCUUGGUGGAUUCCUUACACCCAUAAGUCAAGUCUAUGCCAGCAACUGCACCUUUUCUCUCGCAUGGGGCGCGAACGACCUUGCCACACGCAAUUUCUCCUCCGUCAACGACAUCCUUACGUUACUCAUGUCUUACAACGGUACGGCGCCACCAUCUUCCUGGUUCUGGAGCAUCACCGCUACCAUAACAGCCGUACUCGGCGCACUGGACGCAAGCACCCUACCGCGAAGCACCUGCGACGUCGCAAUGCAGAUAGCGGCGGAGAGCCUAGCGCCGCUGUCGUACGUCUUUGCCGUACAGAAUGUCACGUGCGCGUAUGUGGUCGACGCACCAUUACCACCGCCGCCGCCACCGCCGCCCUCACCAUCAUCGCAGAUACCGUACGCCCUGGCCCCGCCACCGCUGCCUCAGAGCGCCGAGAUACCGAUGUGCAGCUCCCCCUCCUCCUCCUCCUCCCUCGGGCGCCUGCCGGACUCCGUGGUGGCGCUCAGUGUUGGCACAUUGCGCCUGUUCCCCGCCCUGGAGCCCUCCAGCGCCCUGCCCACGGUGCCGCUGCACCUGGCCGCAGCCGCAGCCGCCGUGACGCCCUCGUGGGGGAGGUUCGGGCUGUGUGUGGCGGCGCCCUGGGGCCUGGGGGGCUCCACAGCGCUGGUCACGGUGCAGAUCCCAGCGGCGGCGGCAGCGGCGGCGGCCCCGACAGACAGCACAGACCCUGCCGCCGACGGAUGCGUCGCCAUCGCCACGCGUGUUGUACAAUCGCUGACGGCGGCGGCGAUUGCGGCGUCGUCGGAAAACGGGACAUCGUCCAUGCUGUCGGACCUGUCCUCGCACCUGAAGCCAUCAGAGUCCGAUAUUAUGCGCGCUGCGCAAAAGGCCGCAGAGCAAAUACAACAACAGCAGCAGUCCGCUUCGAGUAACGGCGGCAACCAACAAUCCACUUCCUCGUCCUCGUCCUCGUCUUCGUCGGGCGCCUCUGCUGCGGGUGGCGUGGGCGUAGCCGUCAUAGCGGGCUCAGCAGCGGGUGGCGGGUUGGCGCUGCUGGGGCUGGCGGCGGCGACCUCCGUUGCGGUUGUACGACAUCUGCGGGAGAGGAAUACCAAGACGGUGGCGGAGCAGUUGCCGUUCAAGUGGCUACAUCAACCGCGGCAGCAGCAGCAGCAGCAGGCUACGGACACCAUGCAGCCGACGACCGGUCCGCCCCCGCCGGAAGGCCCCCCUGGCCCCCUGGAAUCAACACCUCCGCCCCCUCUCCCGGCGGGAGUGGGCAGUAUCCCAUCCGACCCGCCAUCGGCGGCGCCACCGCCUGAUGAGUCACCUGACGAGCAGCUUCUGACGCAGGUUGUGAGGCUAACUGCUCCGCCGCCCACGGACUCCGAGGAGGCGCUGCUGCUGCCGCAGCCUCCGUCCCACCUCCACCAGCAGCAACAGAAGCGGCAGCAGCAGCAGCCUGCAGUGUUGAAGACAUCGCCGCAGCCUCCGUCCCUCGGUAUGGACCCGUGGGGCGCCCUCCCCAACCAGCUCCCGGAUGCAUCACCUCGGCAGCCACUACUGCCGCCACCGCCGCCGCCGCCGCAGCAGCAGCAGGCAGUUGCACCCGGUUUGGUAUCGGCGGCGGCAAGUGCGGACCGGACGGAACCACCAGCGGCAGCGGCAGCGCCAAAAGAAGCAAGGUCGUACAGGUGGCUUCGGGAAAAGAUGCAACGGCGGAUGGACGCCGCCGCCGCUGCCGCCGCUGCCGUAGCGUCAGCGGAUGCGCCGCCGCCACCCCCACUGCCGCCUUCUUCCCUUCUGCGGCCGGGACAGGUGCAGGAGUAUCAUCAGCAGCAACCGCCUUUGGAAUCGCAGCCUUCUCGUUGGUCGGGUCUGAUGCAGCAUCAGGAGGAGCAGGAGGAGCUAUGGCAGCGGCAAAAGGGCAGCUGGGAGCGGUCCUUCAAGGACAUUGGCGGCGGCGGCGGCAUUAACAAGGACAUCAGCGGCGGAGGCGGUGGCGGAGGCGGAAACUCUGGCGGAGGCGGAGGCGACAUUUCCAUGGCAAGUCAGCGGCGGCGGCCGUUUGAGGACCCUGCAUACGGCGGCGGCAUGCCGUGA